AUGUUUAUCAUUCAAAUUUGUAUGAAAAUUUCAAAACAAUGGAGACAUGUAUCAUUUCAAACUCCUCUUUCAUUAUCAUUCGCACAAAAUCACUUCAAAGAAUUUUUAAAACCAAUCAAACUUUUGACUAAUUGUGAAUGUUUGACAAAUUUGACUUCUUUGAGUCUGAGAUGCAAUACCGUUGGCAAUGAAGGUGUUAAACAUAUUUCUUCAAGUGAAUGGUUGAAGAAUUUGAUCUCUUUGGAUCUGUUUCACAAUCAAAUUGGCAAUGAAGGAGUCAAAUAUAUUUCUUCAAGUGAAUGCUUGAAAAAUUUGGCUUUUUUGAAUCUGGCUGACAAUCAAAUUGACAAUGAAGGUGUUAAAUAUAUUGCUGCAAGCGAAUCCUUAAAGAAUUUGACUUUUUUGGAUCUGGGAGGCAUUCUAAUUGACAAUGAAGGUGUUAAAUAUAUCGCUACCAGCGAAACCUUAAAGAGUUUGACUUCUUUAAGACUGCACAGCACUAGAGUUGGCAAUGAAGGUGUUAAAUAUGUUGCCAUGAGUGAAUCGUUGAAGAAUUUGACUCUUUUAGAUCUGGGAUUCAGUAGGGUUGGCAGUGAAGGUGUUAAAUAUAUUGCUACAAGUGCAUCCUUAAAGAGUUUGACUUCUUUGGAUCUGAUCAGUGAUGCAAUCGGUAAAGUUGGUGCCAAAUAUAUUUCUACCAGCGAAUCCUUAAAGAAUUUGACUUUUUUGGAUCUAAGAUUCAAUUAUAUUGGCAGUGACGGCGUUAAAUAUAUUGCUACAAGUGAAUGGUUGAAAAAUUUGACUUCUUUGGAUCUGAGAUACAAUAAUAUUGACAGUGAAGGCGUUAAAUAUAUUGCCACAAGUGAAUCCUUGAGAACUCUGACUUCUUUAGACUUAACCAAAAAUGAAAUUGGCCAAGAAGGUGUUAAAUAUAUUGCCAACAGUGAAUGGUUGAAGAAGUUGAAAAAACCUGUAAAAUUUUGA